AUGUGUGUUAUUCCUAAUUAUUGCCCAUUGCUCACAUUCUUAGACGCAAUAAUGAUAAUACCCAUACGUUGCUUUACGUGCGGGAAGGUUGUUGGUGAUAAAUGGGAAAGCUAUAUUGGCCUACUUCAAGCUGAAUACGCUGAAGGAGAUGCCCUGGAUACCUUAGAGAAGUUGCUGAACUAUUCACCUUUACAAAGGUAA